AUUUUGAGAGAGUGAUCGCCAUAUCGCUCGGCCUUCGGGGAGCUGUUGUCAGAUUGGAAAAAAUUUAUAUAACCUUAACAAAAUGGGUUGUUGUAAAAAGAAAUGUUUGCCAUCAACGAAUAUUGUACCGGCUACAAUUGCAUACAUAUUUCUCAUUGGAACAACGUCUCUAUUUUUUGUAUUUAUUGUUCCAGUUCUAAAAGACACAUAUUCAAUACUUAUACCUAUUUAUGAUGGCAUCUUAUUUUUAUUUGUUCUUGGAAAUUUUCUUCUGGCAACGUUCGUUGAUCCUGGAGUAAUCCCACAAUCCAAAGGGGAUGAAGAUAAAGAGGAGGAAACGAGGGCGCCCUUGUACAAAGUAGUUGAGAUUCAGGGUUACCAAGUGCGGAUGAAAUGGUGUUCAACAUGUGGGUUCUACAGGCCUCCUCGCUGUUCACAUUGCUCUGUGUGUAAUCACUGUAUAGAAAAAUUUGACCACCACUGUCCGUGGGUAAAUAACUGCAUUGGACGUCGGAAUUACAAGUACUUCGUUCAAUUUCUUCUUUCACUGACUAUCCACAUGGUAUCAGUAUUUACAUUUACACUUCUUUACAUCCUGACAAACAAGGACAACCUUAAAUCUACGGAGAGUAUUGUUGGGUUCUGCACUCUUGGCAUAGUAGCUUUGACAGCAUUUCCAGUGUUUGGCCUAGCAGGCUUCCAUAUGUCCUUAGCAACAAGAGGGAGGACUACCUAUGAGCAGGUAACAGGCAAGUUUAGAAGCGGUCAUAACCCAUUUGAUAUGGGAUGUUGGAAUAACUGUGGGGAUGUUUUCUGCAUUCCUUGGAAGCCAAGAUAUCUAGGCUACAAGGGAUGCACUUUGACGUUAGCAGCUCUUUAUGCCCCACAACCACUCAAGAACCUGUCUGAGAGUGAGAUACGGAUCAACGUUAGUGGUAACGGUGCUCCCCCAGCCUUCCACGGCACCAACCAUUACAAUAAUAUCCAUUCACCUGGGAAUCAUGCUGUCAUGUACGGAAAGCCUCAUUUCAGAGAUGAAAGCCAGAGCUUGGAUACAGAAGAGGAAGAGCCACCCCCAUACCCUAGGACACCUUUACGUCAAGAUUUCCAGCACUUACGUGAAAUGGCACAAUUAACUCAACCACUUGCCAGUCGUCAGGAUGGACGUAGCGGUGAUAAAACGCCCCCGAUGUAUGAUUAUAACCCCAUUGAAAGCCUGCAGAGCCCAUCGUCUCGUCGACAACAAAAAGACAGGAUGGAACAGCCUUCUGAAUAUGAUUAUCACAUGGAAAAAAAUAGAGGACAUGCUUUACCACCAGUAGAAAUGGGAUCAGAUCCCAACUCUGGAAAACCGUCAGGACGUCGCCAGCAAAUACAACUCGAACAAUCGCGAGUACGCCGUCCAAUUUCGUUUGUGACGGCGCUUGAAAUGAGCCGUGAAGCCGAGGAUAUGCAGAAGGCACAGUCGCCGACAAAACAGUCCACAUCAAUGAAGCCCAAGGCCAAUGGACGUAGCCAAAAUUGGCGUGGUAACAGGGAACCAAAACCUGGCCAGGCUUACCGUAUGCAAGACUCCACCUCUCCACAUAUGGGCUCACAGACUUUUGAAGUCUCUGUAUAAAAUCCAGUCUGGACCAAAACACAAUGGUGUUGUCAAAAACCUGUGAAAAUAUAUCUUAUUUUUGCUCGGAGAUAUAAUAAUAUUUGAAAGUAAAUCAUGCAAUAUAAAUAAAACAAAGAGUAUAAGAAGAGGUUGUAAAAAUGUUGAUGUAUGUAAGUCCAUCCCUCCUUUUAACACCCUAGUACAGUGGGAGACAUACAGAAUAUAGUGCAAGGCAGUUUAGUAUGUUGAUGCAAGAAGACAUGGAAUUUUGUGGCUUGGCACAUAAGCAAGAUAUAUUUGCAAUUCUAGAAGCAUAUAGGUGAAUAGAUGAUUACUGGCUAGUUCCAAGAGGUAUUAUUUGUGAAUCUAUGCUAUGGUGUGGUAUGCAUUUGGUAUACUAGGCCAUGGCUAGUAUGUUUAUAUAAGAGUGGAUUCAUUUCAGUCAGUUUUUGACCUGAUAUAAAAAUAUAACAUAAAAGCCAACGUCUACAUUUCGAGAUAAUGAGCUCAGCAUUUGUGAUGGUAAUCCCAUUUGGAUUUUGUUUUCAUUCUAUUUAUAAAUUUUAAUGCUGUGUUAUUGUUUCUAGUGAAUAUUACAUGUACAUUGUAAAAGAUUUUACCCCUUUCCUCUCUACGGGUAUAUAAUUAGCAAAUAGCUAAUUUAUCUUUAGAAAUACCUUUCGGAAAUUUGUCUUCAUUAACAUCUUGUUGUAUUUUCAAUUGUAAAUUCAAAAAAUACCUAUUUGUUUCCAAGUCUUCAAUAUGUUUAUUUAUCAUAAUGACUGUACAAACAUUACUAAAUGAAAAAUUUCUGACUUCCCCACCCCCUACCAAGACAUUUCUUAUUGUGUACCUACUUUCACAUCAACAUCGACACCUCCCCCCCCCCCUUCUGUUAUUAUGUCAUUGUGGCGUAUGAUUGAGGGGGGUAUUGUAAAUAGUAAAGCUAGACAGACUCUUUGUACCUGGUGAUCAGUGAAAGCAGCAUUUUGGUUGAUUCACAGUUUGAUAUGAUGGAACACUUCCUGGUGAAGUUGUGUUAUUUGUAUGAUAGCAAAAUUUAGUGUACUGUACUGCAGACAUAUAAUAUUGAUAAGCAAUUAAUUUAUUUUUAUUUAAACCUAAUAUGGAGCAUAAACUUAAUUGAUAAGAUUAAUGUUGGUAUAGUUAGUGUUCUAAUCUGUAUCAUAACAAACCAUAUAUUAGCACUGUUAAAUUUUACUUAGUUUAUAAGAGGUGUCACCCCCUCCUCUUCCCCCCCCCCUCUUAUAUCGCCAUAGAGUGUUUAAUUAUUGUUAUCAUAUGGUGCUUAAGAAGUAGAAUGUCCAGUACACACUGAACAUCUACAGUGUACAUUUAUCAUUCUAUGACCCUCAAUAAUAAUUCACCAUAAUUUUCCAAUUUACCUCCUGGAAAAAAAUGUUUUAAUUAAAUCAAAAAGCUGAAUUUUAUAAUACAAA